AUGCAUCCCAAAACGCGCAAAGCUUGUGAGCCGUGCAAAUCUGCCAAACGAAAAUGCACCAAGCAGCUUCCUCAAUGCCGUCGUUGCGAACUCCGAGGGUUGGCUUGCUCCUACGAAGAACACCCGCGAAUGGUUGUUUAUGGGGCCAAUGACAAUGUUGGCUUGAUCAGAUUACCACAACAACACGAAGAGCAAGUCGUCUCGUCUUUUCUACAGCCUUCUCAACCAGACGUCAUCGCAAUUGAUCCGCAACUGGGGCUGGAGCCGCCCACAACAACCAUUUCCCCAUCUCCAUCUCUGGAUGACCUGAGAUCGGCUUGGUUCCUGACCCCAGACUCUUGGGAAGUCAGUUCGGUUGAUACUUCUCGUCUUGUACCAAUCUCAGUUGGCGAAGUACACAUUUGCUUCGACAAGACCAAAGACUGGUUGAAGGAAUGGAUCGAGACUGGAAGCAACCCCUUUAUCCACCCCGAGUUAAACAAGAAGAGUGUCCCAAGCUGCAUCCAAGACGCUUUCAUGGCUCUAUCGACGUACUUUAACAAGACGUACAAGACUAGCGAUAUGGUCUUUCGAUUUAUAGAAGACAAGGCAAACAAGCUCACUGUCUCACAUGAUUGUCAACAGUCUAGUAUUGUUGAUGAGAUUGGCCGCGUGCAAUCACUCUUCAUUUACACUUUUAUCCGCCUCUUUGACGGGAAUAUUCGCCAACGGCACUAUGCAGAGCAACACCUACCUAUCCUACAUCGCUGGGCCAAACAGAUGUUAUCUCACGCCUCUUGUGCCACCAGCGACGACAGGCUACUUCUUCACAAUGCCCUCACAGUCUACACCCCGGAACUCACCUCACAUCCCCCGGUUCCCUGUCAAGCAUCUCCAGAGCAGCUUCUAUGGCAUGCAUGGAUUCUCUCCGAAUCAGUCCGAAGGACAUGGUGUGUCUCCAUGAUGAUCCAGUCGGGGUAUGAGCUGUUGAAAACAGGCAGUGGACCGUGUUUUGGAGGGGUACGCAUCACGACGAGGAGGGGUGUUUGGGAUGCCAAGACAGCUGCGGCGUGGACUAGCAUAUGUGCGGAGCGGAGUGUAGGAUUUUUACAUAGGAGCGAGACGGAGAUGCUGUUGGAAGAGAGGAGUAUCGAUGAGGUUGAUGUAUUUCCGCUUGUUUUAAUGGGGCUGGAUUUUGGGCCCGAUAGGAUGGAGAGGUGGCGGAAUAGCGGCAAGCAUUGA